AUGCUUUUGCUUACCAUCACCGGUCUUGCUUCACUCGCGUUCAUCGCGAAGGCAAGCCCUUUCGAGAACCAAGCUCGCGCUGCAUGCAAUGCAGACAACUGUCUCCGUGAACUGCGGGGCACAAGCUCACUAGCUAGCCCGUACUGUUCAUCUUACUACACCUCCACAACAACGGUAACAACAACGACAACCGUCCCCGCCCUCGACGCCACUUUUCCCGGCGUCAAGAAAAGAGAGCCAACUGUAGCCCCAGAUUUCGAGAAGAGAGCCACAACUCUCCCGCCCUUUGCUACUAGCUGCACACAGACCGCAACCGCGUUAUCGAGUGGAUGCUCCUGCUUACUUGGUUCGGCCGCUGCUACAACGACCUCGACCAUAACCUCCACAUCCACCCUCCCCCUCCCCGUACAAUGCUCCUCCCAAAACUCCUACGGCCUCUACCCAACCCCGCUAUCCAUCGUUUCCAUCCCAGGCGGCAACGGCGCCUCGGGCCUCGCCUUCGAAGUCUACCCCGGCGGCUGCUGCGCCUACUGUUUCGCGAGCCCGAAUUGCAUCGCUUACUACGAAGAAGUGGAUUACGUGGCUUCGGUGCCGGGGAAGGUGGCUUGCGGGGUGCAGAUCACAGGAAGUCAGCCCAUUGAGCCGUUGGGGGUGGAUAGUUGUCCGUUGGGGACGGUGACGUUGAGUGCUGGGCCGGUGGAGACGACGGUCUUGUGGGGGGUAGGAAAUUGUGGGGUUGUAGAGGGAUGA